AUGGACUGCGCGAAUGUCAGAGUCGCUUUCCCAAUGGAGUUGGGCAGUACCACGGGACCUUUCAUCACACGCACUCGAUGGGAUCGGCUGCCACCUGGAACACCCACACCCCCGUGCACCGAUACAUCCACAUCGCCUGUCAGUACCGAACUGUCUCGGGAGUCUCCUGCACCUGUCCUGGGAGGGAGAGGACUGGGCUCUCUAGGAGUGGACACCUGCCCCGGGUUUGUGGGCUGGGUUGUGGGUGCACGGGACGGGUUGGUAGACGUAACACCCACCAUAUUGACACGCACAGCGUUGAGAAACUUUUCCAGUAUCACUGUGAUGUCGUCCUCGCUGGAGUGUUCACUGAGGUGGGUAG